AUGUGGGAACCAGAGAUUAUAAAGCCAGACGUUGAGCUAGGCAACACAUAUACUCCUUGUAACGUUGUGAUGGCUGAUAAGAUGUAUAGGAGAGAUUCUCAUAACAGCUUUGUUUACGACCCAAAGAAGAAUAAAUGGGAAACUGACGAGAUGUUGAAUUCUAAGAAGUGGUUGUGGGCGUGCGUCAUUGAUGAUGUAUUGUACUAUCACGAUUUAGUUGAGAACAGUUUAAUAACGUACGAUCCAAAGAAGAGGUGUUGGGGAAUGGUGAAUGGUUUGCAAAAUUUGCUGGCUAAGACGAGAGGUUCAGAGUUGUUAAAGACUGUGAAUUACGGUAGAAAACUUGCUUUGUUUUUUCAUAAAGGAGAAGUAGGAACAGUUGAGAUAUGGUGUGCGGAGAUUUCGCUGGAAAGAAGAGAAAGAGGGGAGAUUUUGGGUAAAGUUGAGUGUUGUGAUCAGUUUAUGCUUGAUGGGGAUUUUUACUUAGAAAAAUCUGUAGCUGUUAUGCUUUGA